CUUCGAUGUAAACUGUCUUUUAACCAUUAGUCAGGGCAGUUUAUGCAGAGGUGGGAAGACGCAGGAGUUGUUGCCGUUGUUGCCAGUUGUACGAGCUAGCAUGUAGUGAGUCUGUAGUUUUUUUGUAUUUGCAAUAUGAAGAAUGGAAGAAGACGACGUUACUAUCAGAGAGCAGAAUUUCCACAGCCAAGUUCGAGAGUACAUCAUUUGUUUCCUCCUGUUUGCAGUCCUUUACAUCGUGUCCUACUGCAUCAUAACCAGAUACAAGAGGAAGAGUGAUGACCAUGAGGAUGAAGAUGCUGUUGUCAAUAGAAUAUCAUUGUACUUGUGCACCUUCACCCUGGCAGUGUCGGGUGGUGCCGUCUUCCUACUGCCUUUCUCAAUCAUUAGUAACGAGAUCCUCCUCUCCUUCCCCAAAAACUAUUACAUUCAGUGGCUCAAUGGCUCCCUCAUUCACGGUCUGUGGAACCUGGUGUCACUGUUCUCCAAUCUUUGCCUCUUUGUCCUGAUGCCCUUUGCCUAUUUCUUCUUGGAGUCUGAGGGAUUUGCGGGAUCGAAAAAGGGCAUUAGGGCGCGUAUUCUAGAGACCUUUGUGAUGCUCUUCCUGCUGGCUUUGCUCAUCCUGGGCAUCGUGUGGGUGGCAUCAGCGCUCAUUGACAACGAUGCAGCCAGUAUGGAGUCACUCUACGAUCUUUGGGAAUUUUACCUACCAUACCUCUACUCCUGUAUAUCGCUGAUGGGAGGACUGCUUUUACUCAUGUGCACUCCUGUGGGAUUGUCCAGGAUGUUCACCGUCAUGGGCCAGUUACUAGUGAAGCCAACAAUCCUGGAGGACCUGGAUGAGCAGAUUUACUGCAUCCAUUUGCAGGAGGAAGCCCUUCAGAGGAGAUUAAACGGAUCGUCCUCACACACUUAUACUCGAGGAAGCUUUGCUCACCAGCUUAACAAAGAACUUGACAAUAUUAGAAAUCAGAGGAAUAAAUUGGAGCGAAGAAAGAAGGCAUCAGGUUGGGAGAAGAACUUGUUGUAUCCCAUAGUGAUGCUGAUCCUGCUCACAGGAACGACAAUCUCAGUUCUUAUGGUGGCAUUGAAUAUCCUCUACCUUCUAGUGGAUGAGACUGCCAUGCCCAAGGGAUCCACGGACCGAGGCAUUGGGAACACCUCUCUGUCCACAUUUGGCGUGGCUCAGGCGGUGCUGGAGAUCAUCCUCAUGUUCUACUUGAUGGUGUCCUCUGUCGUUGGCUUCUACAGCCUGCGAGUCUUUGAGGUACUCACUCCCAGGAAGGAUGACACAACCAUGACAACGAUCAUUGGUUGCUGUGUGUCCAUCUUGGUCCUGAGUUCAGCCCUGCCAGUGAUGUCCAGAACUCUAGGUAUCACCAGGUUUGAUCUCUUGGGAGACUUUGGAAGAUUCAAUUGGCUGGGAAACUUUUACAUUGUCGUUUCAUACAACCUGCUGUUUGCAGUCGUGACAACACUCUGUCUUGUGAGAAAAUUCACCUCAGCGGUACGGGAAGAGCUUCUAAAGGCAUUAGGUCUGGAUAAAUUGCAACUGUCAAACAGCCCCACAGACCCUGAAUCUGGGAAGCUCUCGGCCAACGGGCAUCAGAAAACUCUGUGAAAGGGAUGAUAGAUCAACACAUACAUACAUACACGCACGCACACACACACCUUAGCACAGCCAAAGGGAGAUUUCGACAGUACUGCCUGACUCUUGAAAGGUGAAAGGGAUUGGAAGGAACUUAAUAAACCCAGGCAGUGUCUGACGGAUGCUGCAAAUGGAGGCUGAGAGCAAUUUAGCUUCAUGACAUUCCAUCCUCUGCGUCUCGGAUGGAAGCUGGGACGGAGCCAGGGAUGAGACUGAGGAGUGAAAUAGACUGGCAUCACUGCAGUGACCUUGAUGUUGACCUCAACCACGACUGUGACUUUAAACCACCCAUCUCUUGCUUCAGGGGCACUCUGCCCACCCAGCAUCGCUACCUGUUUAUCUUCUACAACCUCCUAACCACUGCACUAGACAAAAGCAAGAGGGAACAGCAGGUGAAACAAUGCUCCUUGUGUCUUACAUAAGUCUUACAUCUAACUAAAAGGCAACGGGUUCUUUUCCAUCACCCUGCUCCUCCUCUGUAGUCAGUAUAGUAAAUAGACCCCCACAAUUCAAUUACUCAUUUUUUAUUGUCAUUACGUCCACGGUAAUUAGUGUCAGUGAUGGAGCAUUUGCAGUUUAUGGUCUCUAGUCAUUGGUCUUUGUUAUAUGAAUGAUACAGGCAUGAUAAGGUGUCAAUUUGUCAUUUUUGAUUUUUUUUUUUUUAAGCUCAAAAUGUGAAAACAAAAUAUGAUUUGUGAAGCAUGAAAGACGUCAUUUAUUCACACUCAUCACAGCCAGUACAUAAAACUGCACGGCAAUACAAUUCACAUUAUAUGCAUUGGCACUGUCAUUACUGAUAGGCAGAUUUUAGCACUCGUGCUGUUGUUUGUCUUUUUAUUUAGCUUUACUCAAGUGCGCUUUAACUUUAUUGAUGAUGUCAUUAGUUUGUAUGAAGUAGGGUAAGAACUUUUUUUUUUUUUUUUUUUUUUUAAAGGUGCUCUAGAUUAGACUUGAGCUACUCUACAAAUGGGAGACUAUAUGAGUUGUAUCCACUUCAGUUCCAGUGCUUUAGUGCUUUGGAGCUGCUCCUAUGGUUAUAUUUCCUAAAAUUUUAUUAUGCACAUGGUAAGAAAAUGUCAUCACAUUUUUUGCUCAUCCCAAAAAAAUUUUUUAAAUUCAUAGGGCACAGAAAAAUUUGUCAAACUGUCAUUUUUUUAAAUGUUUUAUUUACAUGUACAUAUUAUAUUGUGUUUCAUACCUCUUGCAUUAUUUGGAUGUAGAUAUUGGGCUCUCAUUGAGCCCACUGAGGGUCUGACUCACUAAGCAAUCUGUAUUUUGUUGUACAUAUUUUCUUUUUUUAUAAAACACCAAAAUCUAAUGCAAACCUGUAACAGUCUUCACAGAAUGCAUGAGUGAAAAAAUGUGCAACUUUGCAGCCGGUAGGAAGACUUGGUGACUCAGGCCCCAUUUACAUGUUGUAUUGCUGCAUAAUCUUCUGAACUGUGAUGUUCUUUGUCUCCAGAACCACCUUAAAUGCCUUAUACGACAAGCGUCUUGCAGGCUUAAUGUUAAGGUAGUUUCUUGUUCUGUGUUGUUUGUUUAUGUACAUGUACAUACUGUAUGUGUACAUGUACAUUGUUUGUCUCUAGACAGUUCCACUGUGAUCCCCAGUACACCACCGAGUUUCUAGUCUAAAGCCAGCUGGAUAUAACAUACACAUGGCUUUUUGCCAUGAAUGUUGUCAAAGCUCUUAUCUAGUGAAAGACUCCAUUUUGAGACUCAUUCAUUACCCAUAAAACUUGAGCACUUGCUAGGAUAGGGUGACUGAUCGAAUGAUGUUUUUAUGGUGACUACAUGAUGAAAAGGACAUUUUGAUUUAGAUAUGCAUUUGUAACUUAUUUCUUAGGACAGGGAAUGUUAAGAUUCAGAUUUUGAAAGAUGUUAUUUCAAGACUGCAGGUUUACCCAAAUUAUACUGGCAGAAAUAUUUGGUAGAUUUUCUGGCACGUUAGGUGCCAUUAAUUUGUUUAGUGCGUAUCUACUGCUAUUGUACUGACGUUAGGACCAUGCUGGUCAUUGGAUACUGUGAAAAAUCAAGAUGGCCCAAAGUGAUGUGGCAAAGCAAAAAGGAUGACACUGAAAAUUGGCAAAAGAAAAUUGUAACUGGUGGACGAAUUAGUGAAAGUAAAAAGAAAUGACUUUAUCUGGAUGAACUACAUUAACUCAAAUGGCUUGAGGUGGGUUUUUUCCCAGCUCCAUCAUAGUAGUGCAUAUAUCCACUCAGCUGCAGACUGUGGUAAGACUGGACUCUGCGAUACUUAGCAGGGAACUGUCAUACCCCUAAUAAAACAUCACAGUCAUACUCCUCGCAGUAGCUUCUGAGGUAAGAACUGAAAGGGCCAUUUUCUUUCAAGCAAGCUUUUCUGGUUGCCUUUACAGUACAUCUGUGUUGUGUGGGGGUUUCAAAAGUUGAGUUGGCCUGUAUUGUAAGUGAAGCAGUUUUUUUUUUUCCUGUCUAUGUCAGUACAGUCUCUCUGCAUGUAAUUUUUGGUACGUUUUGUGAAUGUAUUUUUUACGAUUUCUCAGUUUGCUAAAUGUUUGUUUCGUUAUUUUUGAUGUUUGUGUUUGCAAAUAAAAGUAGAAAAAUG